AUGUACUUUCACCUAGCACAGGAGGAGGAGAACUCUGUAGUGCACAAUUUCCUCCAGGACCUGAUGGAAACCGAGGUGUUGGACUUUGGGAUAGUGGAGGACCUUAAAGUAGACUCUGAUCAGAAUAAGAAGAAAUGGAGGGACCCUAGCAUUACCAUGGAGGUGCGUCACAAGCAGGUAAAGGAGAACCGCAUGAUGGAGGAGAAGAGGAGUGUGGAGCAGCUUGCACGAAACAUGGAGAGGGAAAGGCUUCAGAAACAAUGGGCCACUGAAAACUCUCUCAUUCCAAAACAUCACAAUUCCACACAGAAGAAACAGAACAAAGAUCUUCAACUUAAGCUGAAGAAGCUGGAAGCCAGAGUUCACCUUCUCGAUUUGCAAUGCAUGCACAGGCAUUUUACGACAUGGUACUCAGUGAUAUUGGAAAGAAGGGUGCGCAUGGGCAAGGCAGCGGCGCUGUGUGAUUGGAGGAGGCAGCUGAGAGCGUGGCGGUCAUGGCGGGCUCUGGUCUGGGCAAGAAGAGAGAAAAAAGAAGCUGAAAGGACUGAGGAGGAGCUGAGACAGGAGCACAGGCGCUGUCAGCAGGCAGUGGAGAGUGACCGCAGGAGGCUUUUGAGGCGCUGCCUCAGUGAUUGGCGUGUGUGGUGUCAAGUAGAACAUCAUCGCAAGGAGCUUCUCCAACAACAAGAAGAAACCCGACGUAAAAUGGCUGUUUUGAUCAAUGCGGCAGCUUCUAGGAAACUAGGAGCAGAAAAAUCUCCACCAGUUACUAACCCAUUUAAAACACUCAGUCCUAGAGAAAACAUCAGCCAUCAGGAUGUGGCAGCAGCUCCAGAAAGCAGUUCACUGACUGCACAAGCCUCAGAGGCCCCGCCCACCCAGGCCUGGCAGGUGAGGCGUCGCCAUGCCGCUCUCUCAUCGGCCGAGCUACAACAGCUCCGUCAGGGGCAACAGCAGCAGACCUCCCAAAGUGGAAGUGUGGAGCUUAGCGGUGGACAGUUCAAACACCGCCAUGCAGCUCUGCAGCUAACCGUAGCCGAGCAGAAGCGUCUUCUGAAAGAGCAACAGGAACAGAUUCGGCAUCUGCAAGAAAGACAGAACAUUCUGGAACUGAGGCAUGAGGCAGAGAAAAUUGCUCUGUUAGGAACAAGUCCUCCUGGAGCUACAAAUACAUGCUGUCUGCCUAAACCCAACACAGAGACAGCAAACCGAAUUACAGAAAAACCCGCAAG